AUGGAGGUUUCUGAUUGUGAGCCAUUUGCCUAUGAUGACAACAAGGUUCCGAUAGCUCCAUGUGGUGCAAUAGCCAACUCAAAAUUCAAUGAUACGUACGACCUUUUCUAUAUUGAUAAAGGCUUGAGGAUAACUGUACCGGUAACGAAAGAUGGGGUUCUUUGGGAUGUUGACAAGAACAAGAAGUUCAAGAAUCCUCCUAUACCGGCAGGUGGUACACUUUGUGACGCGUUCAAGGUGAGUGCUCCCUUUUAG